GAUAUUGUUUUUAUUUAAUCAGAGGAAGCAAACAAGAGUGCGUGUGUAGUAACAGAGAGAGAGAGAGAGAGAGAGAGAGAGACUGUAAGCAGCUUCAGUACUGAAAAUGAGGAGAAGGUCGUCUGGUGAAGGAGCUCCAAAGAUCAAAAUGAGUGCAAUGAUAGUUCAUAUAAUGAUAUUCUCACUUGUGACUUCAUCGACUGUGAUGGGUGUUUCUGCUUUCUCAACGUCAGCAAGAAUGGAUCGUUUUGAUGUUGAAGAACAGUACAGAAGAAACUUGCUUGCUAAUGGUCUUGGCAGGACUCCUCCCAUGGGGUGGAAUAGUUGGAAUCACUUCAGCUGCAAUAUUGAUGAGAAAAUGAUCAAAGAAACAGCUGAUGCUAUGGUUUCUACUGGUCUUUCUCAACUUGGAUAUACCUAUGUUAAUAUAGAUGAUUGUUGGGCUGAAAUAGCUCGUGACGAUAAGGGUUCUCUAGUGCCUAAGAAGUCAACAUUUCCUUCUGGCAUUAAAGCUCUUGCAGACUAUGUUCAUAACAAAGGUCUAAAGUUGGGUAUAUAUUCAGAUGCAGGGUACUUUACUUGUAGCAAAACUAUGCCCGGUUCACUUGGUCAUGAGGAGCAUGAUGCCAAAACCUUUGCUUCUUGGGGCAUUGACUAUUUGAAGUAUGAUAACUGUAACAAUGAUGCAUCCAAACCAACUGUUAGGUACCCUGUAAUGACCCGAGCUCUAAUGAAAGCUGGCCGGCCAAUUUUCUUCUCCCUAUGUGAAUGGGGAGAUUUGCAUCCUGCUCUAUGGGGUGCUAAGGUGGGAAAUAGCUGGAGAACUACGAAUGACAUUACAGAUACUUGGGAAAGUAUGGUCUCGAGAGCAGACAUGAAUGAAGUAUAUGCAGAGCUUGCAAGGCCUGGUGGUUGGAAUGAUCCUGACAUGCUUGAGGUAGGAAAUGGAGGAAUGACAAAAGAUGAAUACAUGGUCCAUUUUAGCCUAUGGGCCAUUUCCAAGGCUCCCCUUCUUAUUGGUUGUGAUGUGAGGAACAUGACAAAAGACACAAUGGAGAUCAUUGCCAAUAAAGAGGUCAUUGCUGUAAACCAAGACUCACUUGGUGUUCAAGCCAAAAAGGUCAGAAUGGAAGGGGAUCAAGAGAUUUGGGCAGGGCCACUGUCAGGCUACAGGGUAGUCGUAGUUCUACUGAACCGCGGUCCUCAGCGUAAUUCAAUCACAGCUCAAUGGGAUGACAUUGGAAUCCCACUAAAAAGUAUUGUAGAAGCAAGAGAUCUCUGGGAGCACAAGACACUAAAGAAUCAAUUUGCUGGAAGCAUAACGGCUACAGUGAAUUCUCAUGGCUGCAAAAUGUUUGUGUUGAAGCCAGUUGCGUAAUCAUCACCAUAAAUACACCCUUUUCACAUUUUCCUGUGUCUAAGCCCCUGAUGUCUCAGUUUUCAAGACUCAGAUUUGUCUGCUUGACAUUUUGCAAAACAUAAGAUUCAAUAAAUUAUUUUUGAGGAAGACAAGCUUUUUCGUUUGCCUUCUCAAAGUGUGUUA